AUCAGACACAGUAUAAAAUGGCGUUUUCAGUAGUACAAACGAGAAAACCUUUGUUGUCGAAACCUGCUUUAACUAUUGUUCCCUCGCUUUGGGUGUCGGAAGAUACCGUGAAAUGGCCACCGAACAACCUUAUUACUCUAUCCAGGAAUGAGCAGGUUUAUCCCGGUAAGGAAUGGAAAACACAAAAAUGCAAAAUUUUGGGACAUCGCUCUUCGUAUAAACAAGCCGAGCAACUAAUUGAGUAUUUGGAAGAGAUAACGGAUUCCGACGACGCCGUACAACAGAGCCGAGGAACGCGAUGCCGACCGCCGAAAAAGCUGGAAAAAAUACCAAUGAAUUUGUACAGCUUGAAGCCAAAAAACAAGGCAGCGAAUAAUUUGUGCAUCACUGAUGUACAGCUCGAAUUAAAUGAAAUAAAUCCAACACCAAAUAUUGUUAUACCAGAAGGUGCAAUGGGUAAAGCGGAUAGGAAUUUUCAUACAUCAAACGAUCAGGCGGACUCGAUUGCAAUAGAAAAUUCCAGUCAAGCAGAAUUUUAUGUGCAGGAUGAAACAGAAUUUAUUUGUAUCAAUGAACCGCCUUACCUGACGGAAUUAGUACAAACAGAUAAAUCAAACGAUAUCGAUGAGGUAAACGAUCAGCAAUAUUAUCAAAUUCAUGAGUCGGAUAGGUUGACUCAAAUUGAAACUAAAAUCGAUACACAGCAAGCAGUUUUGGAGAAAAUACUUUGCUUUAUGGCAAAUAUAAACAAACUUUUGGAGUAUCAGCAGCCUGCACGGGAAAAAGAACAUGUAGCCAAAGCUGAAAAUUUUUCUGAAUUCGAAAGCAUGAAAAAAAUUGAAACUGAUGAAGAGCUACACGCGCUAGAAGAGUGUCUAAAAAAUACAGAAUUCGAAGGCAAAUAUUUCAGAUAUUUCCAUACAGUCUAUAACCUCACAGGAAAAAAAGAAGGAGCUCCCUUUUUUCGAACUGUUAUAAGAAAAUUAAUGAAUCCCACGGUUUUUUGGAUUAUUCAUGGAAAGGAAACAGUCGUGUUAAACAAAAUACGAUUGAAGCAACGAAGAAUAAAAGUUUCAGGGACAGUUUUCCCCACAUAGUUGAAUUUUUGAACCGUGUAGUUAAAGCUGCAGAUUUCGAAUACACCAAGGAAUAAAACGAGGAGGUUUUCAGUGAUUUUUUGAGACAAAAACUAACAGAGGUGAAACGAUAUGGCUCCGGUCAAUCAGUGAAACGGGUUGCGUGUAAGCGCAAAAGAAAGAUCAACGAUUUAUUACAUACCGCAAGCACAGAAGAAGUGGUACACUCGAACGACCAGGAUUUGGAAGAUGUGUCAACAGACUAUUGUUCGCUAAUGCAAUAAAAUUGUUACUCAAUCAAUUUUGUUAAAAUUUAGUGUCAUUAGACACCUUGCGUUAGGGUAAACUUAUCUUAGCGAUGAUGAUUUGACGAAUAAGUUUGGAAAUCUAGAGAAAAGCCUGCGUGUGCAAUUUUUAGUUGAAGUUUGAUUGAUUUAUUUUAUUUUAACAAAUAAAUAUUCAAUAAAAACAAUACAUAGUCUUUUUCAGGCGAGUUGCUUCUAGAGUUUACAAUUUGAAUUAAUUAAAACGAGUGCUCUUGGAUUGUAUGAAUAAGUGGUACAAAUACGGCUUUGGGCAUGUUGUUGUUUUGGGUACAUACCAUUACCAUUUUGCAAUACAAAUCUUUUAAAUCAAACAAUGCAGGUUCAUUAAAUGUUAAGUUAGAACAAUAAAUCUGUAAAGAAGAUGAUCGAACGGGCUUAAAAAAAUAAUCUUUAAUAUUUGAUAAAGAAGCUCCACAUAGUUGAAUAGAGUUAUCGGUAGACAUUUUAAUAAUAUACUUUACAGAGACUAAUUUAAAGUCUUUCGUACAAAUCCAACUAUCUGAAGACGAUUCAGUAUUAAUACAAAAAUCUUCAAAAUGAACAAAGAGAUAGACUGACGCAAAGGAAAAAUCUAAAAGUGUUUGAAUUUUUAUAUCAACAUCACAUAAGUUUGAGCAGCGGUGUUUCAAAGUUGGGUUUAGCCUGUUUCGUCGAGAAUGCAUCGUUUUUGUUUUAAGUGUAAUUGAUUGUUCUUCAGUUAUUCUUCGCGAAAUUUGCGACAAAGGUAAAUUGCCACUUCGUAACAUUCUUUUCAAAUUAUACAGUUUAGACUCAAAAGGAUAAGCGUCGAAUGAUUCAAGUGGGCCAUAUCUCUCAACAUCGUCAACAAGAUGUACCAGAUUGUGCAUAUUACUGCAAAACAUUUGAGGCCCGUAUAGUAUUUUGACCCCUUUUAAAAAAUCAAAUAUCAUAUUUCGUGCAAUACAGUAGUUAUCCCUGCUUUGAUCGUAUCUAGAACAAAUAUGAAUUGCGCAGUACAAAUUAAGGAAAUUGUGAAAUAUAUCUCUUUCAACAAAAAACCUGUUAAUCACAACAACACUCGUAUACAUGAAAAAUGACCUUAAUUCUGUUCCCUUCCAACGCGAUAAAUGCUCUAAGCCUCGACCUUGACGUCUAAUUUCUCUGGGUAACUUGGUAAUUUUAAGAAAGUUUGAAACCUGCUCAAUUUCUCUUGUUGACCAUUUAGCCUUAUAAUUGUUCAUUGUUCCUGUUUUCCAGCCACUUAAAAACCGUUUCGUAAUACCUAAAUCAAUCAGGUGUAAAGCAUCACCUAUUGGAAAAUCUUUAAUCAUAUCUAAAUCGUUGAUUUUUUCCAAAACGCUAUCAAAUUUAUGAUGACCUUCAUACUUCCUGGCACGAAAGCUUUCAUCAUUGCGAAGUUGUGCAUUUAACUCCGGGAAAAUCAUCGUGUUAGCAGUAAAUGAAUACUCGCCUUCAGUAACACACUUCAAGCAAGAGCUAUACCCGUUAUGACCAAUCACACCUGUACAAAGACAAAGUAAAUGCAAAUUAUUUAUGAAAUUGAAUUUUUAUAUAUUUACCUCUAAGCAUUGAUCGGGCUGGAGUAUCGCAUAUGAAGCACCUCAGUUUAAAUGAUAUAUUUACACCAUUAGCUACUAUACCGUUUGCUAGAACAUCAUUAAUUUCCUGAACAAAAGGUUCAAGAAAAGCAUUGAUAUCUUUAGGUUUACCUUAAAUUGUAUAAAACUAGGUAACUACUUUGAAAAAAUAUACAUUUACAAGUGAGAAUUACUUAUUCCAGCAAAAACUCCAAUAAUAAAAGGCGGAAUAUCUCGUCUCAUUUCAUGAAUAUUUACUAAUAUAGGCCACAAAGAGAUCGAGGAACUUUUGAAGGCCGGUAAUCCAUCUAUGUUAAUGUUGAGUGAAUUUGUUGAGUUAAAUUUAUCAACACCUGUCAAAAUUUCUGUUAAAAUUUUUUUCAACCCAUAAUGCCAGUAUUUUCCAUCCUGAUUAUCAAUUGAUUGUACAAUAGUUCUUCUUGAAGUUUUCACAAGUGCUCUGGAAUCCGUAGGAAGAACGUUAUCCGGUAUAUGGUGUCGUAAAAUAGAAAGUAGUGGAUUCAAAGCGGAGUGCUUGAUUUGAUAUGAUACAGCCCAAUCUCGUAAUUCUUCGCGGAAAUCAUACAUAUUUUGCUUUAGCCCGCAUACAUUGACUUUACUGAUACAAUCUUCUUCGCUACUACUCCCAUUGUCUAGAGCGUCAGUUACAUUUUCUUUGUGAUGUUCUGGUCUGUCGACGAUAACCGGGACCCUUGGAUAUCCUUGUACUUUUGAUGGGUUUUCCUGAGACGAGAAUUCUGGAGACUGACACAGUUUGAUUCGAUCAACAGAUCCACUACAAACCAGUGACGAUGGUGAAUGUUUUUUACUAUCUUGCACUAUUUCCAACUUUUUUCUCCUGAAACUUCCAUUCCGUUUUAUUCUUUCCCAUAAUUUUUUAUUAUUUCUAACUGAAAAACCACUGCUGGCCAUUUGCUCCAUCGUUAACUUCUUAUGUGAAUUUGAUUGUUGAUUGCUGUUGCUGUUGUUAACUACGCGUCUUUUAAAUG